GGGGGUUGUGAGGAGAGCAGGGGCAGCCAGAGAUGCCCCUCGAGUCCAUCCCUUCCGGGCCCUUGCUGCACAGAGGCCCAAGGUCCUCUCUCCCCUCAGCACUAACCCACUCCUGUCCCUCAGCCAGUCUUGGUGACCAGGAGAGGGUCAGGUCUUUUCUGAUCAGGAUGGCUCUGCCCAGACUCCACAGGGCAGGGCCAUGUCCCAAGACAUCCAGGACAGGCUCAUGUCCCCUGUGCCUUGGGGCAGGAUUGUGUCCUCUAGAACCACAAGGUGGGAUAGUAUCCCUUUAUGCCUUGGAAGAAAGACCCUGUCUUUUUCCAAGGACAGUGUCUCCUAGCAACCCAGGGCAGGGUCACAUUCCCCCAGGCCCCAAGGGCAGGGUGGUGUCCCAGGUGAGAGGUGGCUGGCUGGACCCUGCCCGGGGCAGCCACGGCUGCACUUACAUCUUCUGGCCUCUAGGUGUCGCCGUUGCAUUAGUUAUUUCUCCUGUCCUGUGUGGACACUACAGUCUCUAUGAGGCCACCUGGUGGGGACCUGGGGCAGAACAGCUCAGCCUGGGCCCGGCUCCCAGAAAGGAGGGAGGGAAUCCUGUCCCCAGCACAGGCCUUCCUGAGCUCCCAGGCGCGGCAGGAGGCGUCCACAGGAUCCUGGACCUGGCUGGACUUGGUUUCCCAAGCACCAGCCACCCUCUGUCAAUGAACCAGAGCAGCCCUGAAAGGGAGGGGUCAGUCCCAGGGGCCCGAGGGCCAGGUGAGCACCCGACACCUCCCGAGGUGGGUAGGAUACCUCUGCUUCCCACGUCACCGCGCAUGGUCCGGGCCCGGCUGUUUUCAGGUUCUCAGUCUGAGCUUGCUGAGUGUCCAAGGCACUGGAUUUCAGGAGGUUCUGAAAUCGGGCUGAGUCCUCGCUGAGACCCAGCCUCCUCCACCUGGCUCACUCCUCUCUCUCCGCAGCCCAGCACCGCACCGCCCAAGCCCAAGCCGCCCCCGCUGACCAAGGAGACCGUGGUGUUCUGGGACAUGCGGCUGUGGCACGUGGUGGGCAUCUUCUCGCUCUUCGUGCUGUCCGUCAUUAUCACCCUGUGCUGCAUCUUCAACUGCCGCGUGCCGCGGACCCGGAAGGAGAUCGAAGCCCGCUACCUACAGCGGAAGGCAGCCAAGAUGUACACGGACAAGCUGGAGACUGUGCCGCCCCUCAACGAGCUCACGGAAAUCCCGGGAGAGGACAAGAGGAAGAAAAAGAAGGACGGUGUGGACACAGUGGCCAUCAAGGUAGAAGAGGAUGAGAAGAAUGAGGCCAAACAGAAGAAAGGACAGCAAUGAGGAGGUCCACAGGGUGGCAGCCGGGCUGAGCCGAGGCCACAGCCAACCCACAUGGCCCGGCAGGUGCAGGGACAGACGACAGGGGCCGGCCUCCUUCCACAGGGCACCUUGCGGCUGACCCACCCGGUGCGCCUCCGCUCACCCUUUCAGCCAGGGGCAGCAGUGGGGAUGCGAUGGUGGGGCAGUUUCCCUCUGCCCUGACAGGCUGUCGUGAUGGGCCACAGCUGGCUGGACACAGGCCGAGAGGGCCACCUCAUGGUGAGGAGCCUGCCCCAAGCCUGGCGGGGUCCUGUCCCUGGGGCGAGGGGCCCAGAAGCAGGAGACCCUGUCCCCGCAGACCCCAAGCUCCGCACAACGACAUGCACUUGCUUUGCCCGUCACCGUGGAGCUGAGCUGCAAGACACUGCCAUGAGGCGUGAAGCACAGGGACCUCCAUCUCCUAGGUGGGCUCGGGGCACAGAGAAUCAGGAUGUCCGGCCGCCAUGACAGCUCUCUCUAUGCCCACAGUGGCCGGAGGGUUCAGGACCCUAGAGGUCGAGGUGGGCAGCUCCCAGCUGCGCCGUGCAGCAGCCUCCUCCCACCCACACUGCCAACAGCAGCAUCUCUGCUGAGAAGAGCAGCCAAAGACCAAGAGGGCUGGACCCUGUGGAAGGGAGAGGGGAGAGGGGCUGCCUGGGGACUCAGGAGACAGCACAGCAGGUUCCUAGCUGGGGGCCCUGCAGGAGAAGCAGCCUGCAGAUUUGCAGUUUUUUUGUUUUGUUUUGUUUUGUUUUGGUACUGGGGAUCGGCAACACCACUGAGCUAAAUCCCCAGCUCUGCAGAUUUGUGAAUAAAACUGAGCACCCUCUCAGGGCCUUCGGUGUGUUCUGUCCCUGGGGCACCUUGUGCAGGUGACACAGGCAGCAGCGGCAGGUGGCUUGGGCUGGGCUGGACCUCCCUCCCUGGCUUCUCCCGGACCAGCCCGAUGAGGGCAACGGAGGAAAGGGGUCCAGAGGCUGGCAGAGCAGGAAGCCCCGGCACUGGCGAAGACGCAGGCUGUUGGAGACUCUCCCCAUCUGCCCUGAGGCU